CAUGUCCAUGAAUUGCCAUAUGAUAUAUUGCUACAUAUUUUUAGUUUCCUAGAGACUCAAUCCAAAAUAAAGGCAGCACAAGUAUGUAAGAAAUGGAGAGAUGUGGUUUACUCCAAGACUCUCUGGAGGAGCACCCUGGCUAAAACCUGCCUGGGUCUUAGAGAACAUGGUGGCAAGACAAAGCGAUUUUCUGAUGCCGAUGUUUCCAAAUAUGCACCAAGCUCACACACGGUGAGGAACAGAACCAGAAAACGUAAAUUACCUGGAUCACAAUUUUAUACCCUGCCGUGGCCAGCGAAUUUGUUCACAGCUCUUCAUGACCGUGGAAUAGUGAAGUUAUCGCUGCAGUGUGAGCUAAAUGGAAGUUUCAAAAGUGACAUGGAAUCUCUCAACACCCACAUGCCGCAGCUUCGGCACUUGGAGUUUGAACUCGACCCAAGAUUCUGCUCUGAAAUUGUCACCAACGGCUUCAAGAGUUUGCGCCUGAUUCACCUUCAAACCCUUGACAUAAAAAACAACUCAAUUGUUGACAGUUCAGUUAUAAAGGCAGUGAGAGUUUCGAUGCCUUCGUUAAGAAGACUUUCUCUGCGUUCAUGUUUGCAUGUGAAUAAUACAUGUCUGAAGGAAGUAGCAAAAUUAACAGGUCUUAUGCAUCUUGAUUUAGCUUGCAACAAUACCUUCACAGAUGAAGGGUUGGCAUACGUCUGUGGUUUAACGCUUUUGGAAUCAGGAGAGAUUCUAUGCUCUGAUGAUGCCCCAGUGUUGUCAACUCUACAUACACUGAAUAUAGAACACUGCUCAAAACUCACAAGUUUAUCUGUUGAAUGCCUCGGGUAUGGCAGGAUGGCAUCACUCAACACCUUGAUCAUCAACUACAACGAAGUCAUGUCUGGUGUGGAAAUCGUAGAUCACAUAGUGAGGCUUAAAUCGCUGAGGUGUCUGUGUGCUUUGGGGCUUGAUUUUUCAAAUGAUUCAGUGAAAGUGUUGGCAGAACGUUGCUCUCAGCUUGAAAAUUUAUUCCUUCCUUUCAACAGCAGGAUUGGUGAUACUGGCUUGAGAUACAUUUCUCAAAGCUGCAAGAAUGUGAUCUUCCUUUCUUUGAUAAAAACGGCCAUCACAGAUGAUGGUGUGUUAGAGAUGUGUGCUCACAUGCCACAGCUUCUUCUCUUGGAUAUCAGCAAUUGCCAGAGAGUGACCGACUUGUCCCUCAGGCACAUUGGAACAAAACUCUGCAGGCUUCAAGUCUUGCUGACAAUAAAUUGUGUGAAUCUGACAUCAAGAGGGUCCGCAAACAUC